ACCAAACCUGACACGUCGCGUGCGCGAGUGUUGUAAAAUACAUUUUGAAAUCCACCCACGAGCGUCUGCGUUGCUAAGGGCUAACACUUCGAACACACCGACUGCGUCUUUGCGUCACUGCUGCAUAACAUUUUGCGCAGCUAGGCAACUAUACUUUUGCAAAUGGUCGCAUGCGGUUGGACACAUGGAGGAGAGAAUCAUUUUCGCAGUAUCCUCAAAACGGUGUCUUUUUGACACAACUGCUGACAGCUACAGUGACAUAAACACAAAAAGUGCUGCUUUGAGACAAGUGUCCACGAUAGUAGGAUUGCCAGAAGAAGACUGUAGGAGGAAGUGGAGAGGACUCAGGGACAGGUAUCAGAGAGAGAGAAGGGCAGAGAAAGAGAAGAAGAGGUCUGGGUCAGCAGCUUCAGGCCAGCAGCCUUGGCACUUCUGCCACAUUCUUUCUUUUCUGGAUCCAUUUAUUGUGCCUCGGGCAACGAGUGGCAAUUUUACAGCCAGACCCUCUACUAUGUCAUACACAAGUGUUGUUGCCUCCGCUGCAUCAAGACCCUCAACGUCACCUACAAAUGCGACCAUCACCUCCACCGGAGGAGUGAGACCCUCUACAACAUCAUCCACGAGUAUGACCACCACCGGUGCAGCCAUGGAAGAUGAUGAAAUGGAGGAAGCACCUCUGGAUCUCGGACCACCUGAGAUUAUUAUGAACCUCACGGAAGUGACCACUGAGGACCUCGUUGAACAGGAUGUGGCCGUGGAGAGAAACAGAGAGAGAAACGAAGAGGAACAACGUCACACCAGGCGUCAUCGGAGGUACCAGAUCCACUCAACUCAUUUCAGCAGAGGCUCCUCCAAGCCGUCGAGAGGGAUGCAGCCCAACCUGAUGCUCACAGUUAGGAGGAUGAAGAGACCCUCUUUGCCACGAGCCUGGUACCAACACUGAAGAGGCUGCCUCAGCAAAGAAAAGCAGCAGUCAAGGUUAAAAUGUAUCAGCUGCUUUUCGAAGCCGAGUUCAAUGGUACGUUUUUUUCACAGGUAGUGUCAUAAGUGUGCGACAGUGAAGUAAAGUAGUUCAUUUUUACAGUAUAGUCAUGUAGGUUAAUUGGUAUUUCAGAUCAAAGUAUUAAUAUGAGGCAAAUGUAUAGCUGUUGUUUCUGGGUUAGAAAAUAUCCUAAAACAGUUUGCUGUCGAAAUAUCUGCCUGUCAUAUUCAUCUUUUGAUCUGAAAUACAAAUUCCAUGAGUAAACAGCAGGUAUUACCAACUUUACCACACUGUUCCUAUAUUUAUGCCACUAACUACACUAUACAAGCAGUAUUUAGUUAACAUAAAUCUCACCUUUUAUGAUGUCAUAUUAUGUUAAGCUUGUAUGUGUUGUUUUUCUCUUCCCUUUCAGAAAUGGAGUCAAUUUGGCCAACCAGCUCACAGGAAGGACAGGAAGAGGAGUUGUCUGGUUGUUGUUUUGACCUCCCUCAUUGUACCUUUCUUUUCACACACGUCAGUUCUGUUUCAAUUCAGUCAAUUCGUAAAGUAAUUUGUUUAUAAAGUCUUAGGAUAGCAUUCAUUAUUAGUGUUACAUAGAUUUCUGAAUUGAAACCCAUACGGAGUUUUCACAGAUGCUCUUGGUCUCUUAUGAGACUAAAAGUCAAUAUAUUUCUUUCAUUUAAAACCACUUGAAAACCAGGGUGUUGAAACUUUUAGUGAAGUUCUGUUCCAUCGACUGGUCCGUGACGUCCAGGGGCCAUUUGUUUGUUUAGCUGUGUUAUGGCUACAUAUUAUUCCCUUUUUCUCAGAGACAGAGACACACACACACCUCUUCGUACCUCAGAUCUCCAGUGCCCUGCCCUCUCUCUCUUUAUGGCCAUGUCUGAAGUUCCUCUACUACGUCUAGGCUUUAUGAGUAGUCCCUGUAUUGGUCUGCAGUUGUGCCAAAAAUACAUGCUCUUGCUGUUCUCUUACAGAUUACAGGCUACACAUUCAUUUAAAUAUAUAUAUUUUUUUUUACAUGCACACCUCUUUCAAUAGUUUUAUUUUUUUAAACAUUUUUAGAACUCACAUACCUGUCAUGUUCUUUCCUGUACUUGAAUACUUAUUAAAUUAUAAUGUUUUCAUAGUCA